GGUGGGGCGGGGGCAAGUGUCAGUCAGGGCAGAGCGCGGCGCGGGCAGCGGAGAGCCGUGGCACACAGGCGUCCGGGCCGGAACGAGGCCCGCCGAGAUGGAGUUCCUGCUGGGCAAUCCGUUCAGCACCCCCGUAGGGCAGUGUCUGGAGAAGGCAACGGAUGGCUCCCUGCAGAGCGAGGACUGGACACUGAACAUGGAGAUCUGUGAUAUCAUCAAUGAGACGGAGGAAGGACCAAAGGAUGCCAUUCGAGCUCUAAAGAAGCGGCUCAGUGGGAACCGAAACUACAGAGAAGUGAUGUUGGCCCUCACGGUGCUGGAGACUUGUGUGAAGAACUGUGGCCACCGCUUUCAUCUCCUCGUGGCCAACCGAGAAUUCAUCGACAGCGUUCUGGUCAAAAUUAUUUCUCCCAAGAAUAACCCUCCCACCAUCGUUCAGGACAAAGUGCUUGCUCUAAUUCAGGCGUGGGCAGACGCUUUUAGGAGCAGUCCUGACCUCACUGGUGUUGUGCACAUAUAUGAAGAACUGAAGAGGAAGGGAAUUGAAUUUCCCAUGGCAGACUUGGAUGCCCUGUCUCCUAUCCACACACCCCAGCGGAGUGUCCCAGAAAUGGAUCCGGCCACCACCAUGCCCAGGUCCCAGUCGCAGCCCAGGACAAAUGCCGGCACCUAUCCCUCACCUUCUCCAGCUUCCUACUCUACGCUGCAGGCCCCGGCUCUAAGUGUGACUGGCCCCAUCACAGCCAACUCAGAACAGAUUGCUAGGCUGCGCAGUGAGCUGGACAUUGUUCGGGGGAACACCAAAGUCAUGUCUGAGAUGUUAACAGAAAUGGUCCCUGGGCAGGAGGACUCUUCUGACCUGGAGCUACUACAGGAGUUGAACAGGACCUGCCGGGCCAUGCAGCACCGCAUAGUGGAGCUCAUCUCCCGAGUGUCCAAUGAGGAGGUCACGGAGGAGCUGCUGCACGUCAACGACGACCUCAACAACGUCUUCCUCCGCUAUGAGAGGUUCGAGAGGUACAGGUCCGGCCGAUCUGUUCAGAAUGCCAGCAAUGGAGUGCUGAGCGAAGUGACUGAAGACAACUUAAUAGACCUGGGCCCGGGCUCUCCCGCUGUGGUGAGCCCCAUGGUGGGGAGCACAGCGCCCCCAUCUUCUCUCUCCUCCCAACUCGCAGGCUUGGACUUGGGGACAGAGAGUGUCAGUGGCACCCUCAGUUCACUCCAGCAGUGUAAGCCUCAGGAUGGUUUUGACAUGUUUGCCCAGACCAGAGGGAACUCCUUGGCUGAACAGCGAAAGACGGUCACCUAUGAAGAUCCCCAGGCUGUUGGAGGACUUGCUUCUGCACUAGACACUCGGAAACAGAGCUCAGAAAUGAGAGGGAAAGGUGGGGACCCUGACCUGCAGCCCAUAGACAGCUGGCUCAUGACCCAAGGAAUGAUCCCCGUUGCGCAGCCCUCUGUCAUGGACGACAUUGAGGUGUGGCUCAGGACAGACCUGAAGGGUGACGACCUGGAAGAGGGUGUCACAAGCGAAGAGUUCGAUAAGUUCCUGGAAGAAAGAGCCAAAGCUGCAGAAACAGUUCCAGACCUGCCCUCGCCCCCCACAGAGGCCCCUGCACCUGCCUCGACUACUUCCAACCGAAAGAAGCCAGAGCGGUCUGAGGAUGCACUCUUUGCCCUGUGAGCUGUCCUGUGGUUUCCCCAUGACAGGUCACUGCUGACUCUCCUAGUGGACACUGGGCACUGGCUACUCCCCCAGCCUGCAUACCUGUAUCUUCAUGGAAAUGCCACUGUGUUUGCUCCCAGGCUGCCCUGGUCAGUUCCCACCUUGCCACCUUUUCUCUUGGUGGCAACAGCAGCAUUGACCAGAGGUCCUGUCCUCCGUCACCCCGAGGGCUCUCUUGGCCUUCCAUCUUCCCAGGAAGAACCCGUGGUCCAGCCCCAGGCAGGGUAGCCCCUUGACACUUUGUGAGCCGAGCUCCUGAACUGACCCUCUUAUUAUCUCCCUGUUCCUGCUUCUGCCUAGCUGCUCCAUGGCUUCCUCUGGGUGGGACACUCUGCUCCCCUGGACCCCCUUCUUUCAUAGAGGACUCCAGGAAAGCAGGGCUCAAGCAUUUGUAACUACAGGCUUAGUUUCCCUCCUUGGACCAUGUGACACCUGUGGCACAUAGUGUGUCUGUGCUUGAGUGGUCUCUGUGGGCACCUUGAAGGUCCCUCAUGUUUCUGACCCAUUCUCCAUCAGUCAGCUGCUAGGCCUGGGACCUGUGGCUCUUGGUGUGAGAAUAGCCUAGAACAGCUGUGACGGCAACGUGUGCCCUCUAGAUGGUAGGCAGCACUCCAUACUUGCUGUGCACACUCACACUCACAUCUGGCCCUGGGAUCUACAGAGGGUUGUUUGCUAAAGCAACAUGACUUUAGUGCACCCCAUGACUAGACUUCGCCUUCAGCAUUCUCCUCGAGCUACCUCCAGGCCCAGGAGGUUCCAGAUGACCUGGAGCCAUACUCCACCCUUCUCCCCACCCUGACAUUGUCUCAGCCAUCAUGGUUGUUCCCAUUUGACCUGCCACCCAGCCCACAUGUCCCCCAGCCAACAAUUUCAUUCUGAAGCUUGCUGAUAGUUGGUUCUGAGCAAAUGAGAGCUGGUGAUACCUGCUCCUGUCCUGUGUCUUUGCUGGUUUGUUUCCUGGCUCUGAGCAAAUGACUCCAUGCCACCUUAAUCCUGGUCUAGUUGCUGUUGCCUAGAAAAAGGAAGCUGCUGCUACAGUGGUGUUACUAUAUACUGUUCAGGUUACCACAUACUCCCCACCCAGUGUGAGGUCAGCCCUUCCCACUGUUAGGAAGGCCCAGUGCUAUGCCUGUCCCCACGCCCGACACCAGCCCCAGUCCCGGUAGGGAGAGGAGGCUGGCUUCACUUGAAAUGAGGUCAGCGAGCAGGGUUUGGGAAGCUUGUAGGGAAGGGCUGCAGCCCUGGGUGAGAACAGAAACGGCCUUCCCCAGGCCCCCACGCCAACCCAGCACCUUCUCCCUCAGCAGUCUCUGGGUGAAUACCACUCUGACCCUGCAAAAGCUGUCCAGGAAGCCCCUCCUGCCAGGAGUUCAGCUGACCUGCUAAUGCCCAGCCCUCUCUCAGCACCGGCUACACUUCCACCCUCCACUCAGGACCCUUGACCAACCAGAGCUUCUCUCUCAGUGUUUCUCAAGGGCAGAGCCCUCUAAGACCAGCCUGGCUGUUAAGGCCUUUGAAGGCUUGUCACACCAAGGAGAAUGAGGAGCCCAGUACAGCUGGAAGCUUGGCCUUUGGCACAGUCCUCAAAGGGUUGUCUCUGAGGGUCAGCUGUACACAGCCUAUAAGGGCUGAGCCUGUGGGCAGUAGGCAGUCAGGCCAGCGUCUCUGAAUUAAGAGGUUGCCCCUUGUUUAUGGAUGAUGUAGAAAGGAAGAUGGGCCUCCAUCAGGGAGAGAGACUGAUGUGGGGUCUCACCAUAGGCUAACAAGGCUGUUUCUAGUACCAGUGUCCAGAGCUGGCCCCUGCCCUCCUGGCUGCAGCUACUGGGUAUGGCUGAGAGAGGCCAGGCUGUCCUGGGGGCAGAAGGUCCUCAGAGAAUCCCACCAGCUGUCAAGAGGCCACCUUUCUGGCUGGGGCCAGCCCAGCUGGCAUUUGGUUUGUAUUCUUCAUAUUUUGUCUGGAGGUAGCCUGCCUUAUCUGUAGGUUGAAGUGACAUGUGCCUGAGGCCCUUACCAGAAGCAAGAUUGGGUCUGCAGGUCCUGAAGGGGGUUUAAUGCUUUUGAACUGUCCUGUCCGGAGGACUCUGUUUCCUACCUGUUUCCCACCAUUUGUGGGCAAAGUCCUUAGAAGCUGGGCCCUCUCAAGCCAGCCGCCUCUACAAGUGUUAGAAAUCACAGAUAGAGUAUGUACUUAAUUACACUAAAUUAUUGCCGGGACUCCUCAUAAGCACUAAUUACACCUGAUUAUAGGUUAAAAUAUUUAUUUUGUCAAAAUAUUUUCUUGAGGAUGUGUUUAACCUUUUCUUGUUCAUUGUGUGCUGAAAUGUGAAGACUGCUUCUUUCUACCUUUUUGGCCAUCAGGCAGCAGUGAAGGAAAGUCACCAGGUGUAGUUUGACCCUGCCCUAGAGUGACCUCUUCCAGGUACCAAGAAGGCAGGCUGGAGUUGGGUGGAGAGUGACCAACUCAUUUAUCUGUACAUGCGACAUGGGGUUUCAGAGCCAAAAGGGUUUCUUGGUAGCUGUGGCCAGAGCUAGCUUCCAUUUGUCCUGUCAGUCCCUCAGAGUGAGUGACUGUGACUUGGCUCAUUGCCCUUGUCCUCCCCACCUGGCACAUGCUGUCAGCCACAACACUGCUCAGCUGGGAGAGUGGUGGCCAGGCCCUGAGUGGCCCAGUGGCAGCGAGUUCCUUUGCUCCACCACAAGGCUUCCCUGCCAGUAGUCCUCUGACUGAUGGUCUCUCAGAUGGCUCAGGGCAUGCCAUGGGCACUGUUGGGGCCAGGUCAGCCCUAGGUGGCUGGGAGAGCAGAAUGAGGGCCUUUGUUCCUGCCUCACCAGUCCACAGCCUCCCUGUGGUCUGCUGUUGGGAUGCUCAGCCACACCGGAGGCCAGCAAGGGAAUGUCUCCACUUGGAGGUCCUCCCUUUGUGGCCCUGUGGUACCCACUUAGCACAGUACCCAUCUCCAGCCCUUCCUGUUCAUGGGGGUCUAGGUAGGCUUUCCCUAGUCUCCAAGGACAACUGUCAACCCUGUGUCCUAACUGCUCCUGCCCUCGGGCUCUCUGGGAGAGCAAGGGUGGAGUUCCUUCCUAAAGUUUGCACUUCCUUUACGAGGAUCCGAGGAUCCUUGGGGCUGCUGAAAAGAAGGUGUUGAGUUUGUUAUCCUGUUGUCUCCCAGGCAGAUCCUUGUCCCUGUCCUGCUUCUGUGGUUAGAGCUGGCUCUGAGGGUGGCUCAGAGUGACAACUAGCGUGUCCCCCACCCACUGGCUUCCAAAUACUGCCUCUGAUUUGUGUCCCUGCACGUAAAGUUCGCCACAAUAAAUGGUUGAACCAGCCA